GCAAUGGCGAUGCUGCUUGUCCUGCUUGCCUCCCUCAUCGCUGGCAGCAGCAGCUACUUUGUACCGCCUUCGUCUGUAGAUUUUGAGUUUCCACAGCCGGCAUUCAGUAAUGGUACGUGUGGGACGCCAUCGGAAUCGUAUUUCGACCCAGCAGACGGCAUCAACAAGACGUGUGAUGCAACAAAUUCUUUACUCGCUCAUCCACCGGAAAAUAUCGUGGACAACGACGGUGCAACGUGGUGGCAGUCAAAGAAAGGCGUGGACAUGGCUCAGUUAGAGCUGAAUUUGACUGAGUUUCGUACACUGCUUGUACUUCUGGGAAAGGUUUCUUUUGUGAACGAAUGAGCGUUUUCGCACUUUGCUAUUGUAGG